CCUAGAGACAUGGAUGUCUACAUUACAGAGAAGUUUGAAACGGAGGUACUCAACCACUUCAAGGAGAAGGAGGGAUAUGAGUGUACGCAGGAAAUGGUUACAAAAACCGAAUAUGAGAGCUCCACGAUCUGCAAAAUCCACAAACUAGUCAGAGGAGAAAAACAGGUCAAUGUCAUUGUGACUGACUGGAGAUGCGCGCUUGCACCUAUCCUGCAAUUCCACUCCACCGCUGUUAUGAACUACAUCACGGCAAGCUCCAUUGUAUGCUUAUAUCCCCGCUGGACGACUACAAACAGAAGCUUAAUCCACCCGCGGAUAUAUCUGGAAAAUUUAACUCACUUGAGUAUGCUUUAUGUAUUGAUGAAGUACAGAAGGCGAGGAUUCAAAGUGAGUGCAGAGCCU